GACUCGCUAGGUUUGCCGAACCAGCUCCCCAAACGGGACUUUGAAAAAAGCAAGAAGAAAAGAAUUUUUCAAAUUCCCUUUUUGACCUUUUUCUUCUUUCUCUCUCUUUUUUCUCCAAUGGCUUCUUCAUCAUCAAAAACAAAAUCUAGUUCUAAUAAGUUAUAUUCAUAUUCCACAUCAAACGCACCGUUUUCAACUUCCUCACCAAACUUCGCUUCUUCCACAAGCUCUUCCACUUUUUUCAAUAAACCACACACUCAAACUCACACCCACAGCCAUCAUCAUCACCAUCAUCAACGAUCGGCUUCACCCACACGUGUCAACCUAACCACCGGUUCACUUUCCAACUUUGGGUUUUCCAUCGAUCAACGGUCCAUUUCUCCAAACCGAACCGUUCCAAGCCACGUCAUCAGCAAGAAGAAUCACCACCACCAUCACCAGAAGAAAACGUGCAUGUGUUCACCGACGACGCAUCCUGGUUCGUUCCGCUGCAGCCUACACAAGAACAUCAGUUCAAAUUCACUCCAUCACGGUGAAUCGUAUCCGUCGAGUCGCCUCAACAUGCGUAGAUCAGCUAUGAAGAAUUCACUGGUGAGAAUUGGUGGAGUUGAAGGCGAGUGGGUGAAACGAGCAUUAACUGCUUUGAUUCGUCCUUCUUCGCAUCAACAGAAGAGGAGAGAUGCGUUUGAACCUAGAUCGAGUCGUCUCUCCGUCAUGUCUAAGGCGGAUGAGUGAGGAACAAGAUCUGUGAAUUUUUUCCUCCUUUAAUUGCAGGUUCGAUUUUGCUACGUUCCUGAAGAAAUAACAACUCCGUUGCCGGUGUUUGAAAUUUCCGAUCCAAUCAAGCCGUGGGGAGCUAUGGAAGAUUCCGUCACUGAUCUGUGAAACUGGAUUCCUAGAAUUGCAUUUUGUAUAUGAUUUUUGCUAUGGAUUAUGGAAGGAGAAUUUUGGACUGUUUAA